AUGACGGGGCCUCCGGACGCCUCGGCCAGCCUUUCUGGCGAUGGAGCAGCGCAGAGAGCAGCGGAGCUGGACGUUGCAACACAGCGCUUCGCAUCGCAGCUGGUGGGCCCAGGGGACAUACUAAGCGCGCGCAUCAGGGCAGCAGUGGCCAAGGAAGCCUAUGCUGCCCUCAGUGCCCGUGACGUGUGGAUGGAGUUCUGGAAGGCUACCCCUGGGCUUUUGGACCGCAUGCUGGCCGUUGACCACAAGUUCACAGGCGGGUGCAGCAAGACGCUUGCUUGCGUGGUGCAUGCCAUCGUGAACCUGCAGCCGAUUACAGACUCGGAGUGGUACCAUUCAGCGGCAGAGCGCAUCGGGGCCGAACUCAUUGCAGAUGGAGAGCUCCACGCAAAUGCCACCUUCGAGGACAAAGCCAUGUGCAUGAGCGAGAUUAUUGCGGUCGCAGCUGGUGGGGCUGGCCUCGCAGCGUUCUACAAGGGCCUGGGGAAGUCUUUGCCGUCUUGGCCAGAAAGCGCGUCCGGUUCGCCGUUCUUCAAGAGCCUGAAGGACUUCUACACGGGCAAGAUCGUUGUUAGCUCCGGCUAUGGCCAUUCCGUGAGUGACAGAGAGACGGCGAAGAUCUCAGAGGCGGCCCUGAGCAAAACUGGUUGGUCACUGAAGGACUUCAAGGCAAACCUUGACGGAAACACCCCGUUCUGCAAGAUGUCCCUUACUCCAUAUUCCAUGAAGGUCCAACAGGACUGGAUGAGAGUGUGCUACAUCCCGCCAAUGGAUGUCACGAGUUUCAAAGCACAGCCACCACCUUCGAGAUGCUUGUCCCGUUCAGACCUUGAAGUGGUAGCUGCUGCAUAUGCUGGAGCCGUGACGUGCCACUUCUGA